GCCGCCGACGUUCUCUUCCUUUUCGAGUCCAUACUUCAGAAUGCCUCCGAAGAAGGAUACCAAGGGAUCGGCGAAACAGCCGCAAAAAACCCAGAAGAAGAAGGAGGGAGGAUCCGGCGGAAAGGCCAAGAAGAAGAAGUGGUCGAAGGGAAAGGUCCGUGACAAGCUAAACAACCAGGUCCUUUUCGACAAGGCCACGUACGAUAAGCUGUACAAGGAGGUCCCUGCCUACAAGCUGAUUACCCCGUCGGUCGUAUCGGAAAGGCUGAAGAUUCGUGGAUCGCUAGCGAAGCGCGGUCUACGUGAGCUCUGCCAGAAGGGAUUGAUCAAGCAGGUCGUGCAUCAUCACGCUCAGGUCAUCUAUACCCGCACCACAAAGGGAGACGAUCCAGUGGCGUAAUCUGAUGAUUCCGUUGUUUGUUUUGUGAGUGCAAAGUGCUCAUCCAUCUAGAGCCAACGAAGGGAACGGUUUCUGGGGAAACAUUC